AUGGAGAAGGAGUUGGAUAUUAGAGUCGAGCUUAGUACAACUUUUUACCCUCAAACUAAUGGACUGUCCGAGUGGACUAUUCAGGUUAGGCCUUGGGGUAUAGAUUUGUUGAGAGAUUCCUUGGAUAAGGUUAAGUUGAUUCAGGAAAGACUUCUCACGGCUCAGAGUAGGAAAAGCAAUUAUGCGGAUCGGAAGGUUCAUGAGUUAGAGUUCAUGGUUAGGGAGCGAGUUUUUUUGAAGGUGUCACCAUUGAAGGGUGUGAUAAGGUUUGGGAAGAAGGACAAGUUUAGCCCGGGGUUUAUUGGCCCAUUUGAGAUUGUUCAGGUUAUUGGUGAGGUGGCCUCUGAGUUAUCUUUACCUCCUGAUUUAUCAAAUGUUCACCUAGUUUUUUAUGUAUCGAUGCAGAAAAAGUACCAUUCAGAUGGUUCUCAUGUGAUUCGGUGGGAUUCGAUGUUGCUUGAUCAGAAUCCAGCCUCUGAGAAGAGGCCCAUAACAAUUUUAGAUAGACAGCAAACUGCUUCAAGAAUCAAAUUCUUGAAGUGCAAAGGAGUAGCCGAUCCUAACAACAAGAAACAAUUUAGACCUGGAUUGACAGAAGAAGAAGCUGAAGAGCAGAAAUUGAAGAUAAACUAA